UGUACUUCUUCCUAUAGAUGCUGCCUGGCCUGCUGCGUUCCACCAGCAUUUUGUGUGUGUUACCUGUUCCUCCACAUAGCUUUGUGUUGCCUGCAAAUUUGGCAACAAAGCCAUCAAUUCCUUGGUCCAAAUCAUUGACCAAAAACGUGAAAAGAACACGACUCCUGUAGAACACUACAUAUCACUGACAGCCAAAUAGGAAAGCCUCCACUUCUUCCUCUGGUACUGGCGCAGUUGGGCAGCAGACAGCAACCAAUGAGACAGCCCUCACACCUACUGGAUGUCUACUGUAGGAUGCUACUGGACUGACACUGGCUCUGGAAUCACUUUUGCAGAGAACAUCUGGCAUCUUCCACCCUGAUUCUGAUAUUCAGAUACACCUCAUUGCAACGAUGCUCAGCUGUAGUGACGAGACUUCAGGAAAGCAGAGAGUUAUGUUUUCCUCUUGGCAUCCACUCCUUUGGGUAAUGUUUUCUUUGGAAAUUGUCUGGCAGUUUGAUCUCCAUGAGGUGAAGUCAUUAUUCUUCCUAGAAAUCUAGCACUGACCAUCAAGAAAUUUUAAUGGUGAUGCACAGCCAUCUGAUCGUUCAGCAAGUGUAAACCUUUCUUGUUAUUGAAAAGACCCAGGUAAUUAAAGUAGGCACCUGUUGGCCCAUAUAUGCAGUUACUGCUGUCCUCACUUGUGGAAAAACCCAUUGGCACCUGAAAUGAAGAUAGGUGAAACCGUCCAUCCAUACCUUCUGAUGCCUCUGGUGGAAACAAAUUAGGUGACGUGGCAGAGAUCAGAUGCAGCCCCUUGGGAAGAUCUGGUGGUGGUAAGUUGAUUGUCAAUGCAACCUUGACCUUCAUGGAGCAGCAAAGGCACGCGAGCAUGGCAAGAGUUUUGCUGGUGAUUCCACUGCGUUCAAUUCCAUAUACAAUUCUUCACAAAUGAAUGAAUGCACGAGCUGAUAAGCUGAGAUCACAAGGAGCUGUUGACAAGUCAAUUGUGGGAGCAAGAUUGGAAAAAGCAAGAGGGGACAGUUGGCACAGAUGCAUGCCGGAUAUUGCGAGAAGCAAUUAUCAAUUCCUUUACGAGAGCGACCAGUCAAGACAUUUGGCAUGCCAGAGAUAGCUAGGAUCCAUUCUUGUGUCAAUUAUGGGAGAAAAGAUUUGAAAAAGCGAGUGGCGCACGCCAAGAAAUUCUGCAUGACUGAGGCUGCGGGUGAUAAUGCACUUGACAAGGGCCAAUAACAAGAAGUCAGAUGUAAGCGAAGCGUCACUGCAGGAAUGGCCAUUGUGUUACUGGGACAGUGUUACAGUGGAAGAUUUGUAGCUUGGCUCAAAAAGGCUUCAGCAAGAAGGGGCGAAGCAUAAGGUAAGUUUCUGGUAAGCUCCUUUCUUUCUUUGUCUAGCUAGUGUAGAGAGAAUGUGUCUAGUUUCAGUGGGUCCUCAUGUCAGAUGUGGGUAUUCUGGGCAAACAGCAGUCUCUCUGAAAUGCAUCCAACUGCAGCUCCCUACAGACUGUGUUAGGGAACUAGAGCUGCAUUUGGGUGACCUAUAGCUUAUAUGGGAGAAUGAGCAGGAUAUAGUUAAGGACUACAGAGAGGUAGUCACCCCUAAGUUGCAGGAGGCAGCUUGCUGGGUGAUUGUCAGGAGAGGGAAAGGGAACAGGCAGACAUUAUAUAGAGAACCCAUGUGCUGUUCCCCUCUGAUACUGUUGGUGGGGGAAGGGGGAGCUACCUAACGGGGGCAUGUCACAGGGUCGAAGUCACUGAGUCAGAAGGGAAGUGGGGAGAAGAGGAGUGCCACAUUCAGAGGGGAUUCUAUACUUAGACAAGCAGAUAGGCAAUUAAGUGGAUGUGAAAGAGACACCCAGAUGGAAUUUUGUUUCCCAGUUGACAAGGUCAGUGAUGUUUCAGAUCAGUCCACAGCAUUGUCUCGAUGGGUGGACGGAGGUUGUGGCACAUAUUGGUACCCACAACAUAUAGGUAGGAAAAUGGAUGAGGUCCUGAAGAGAGAAUGUUGGGAGCUAGAAAGUAAGCUGAAAAGCAGGACCUCAAGGGUAGUAAUCUCUGAAGUGCUGCAUGUGCUAUGCACCAGUGAGGGUAAGAAUAGGAUGAUUUGGCAGAUCAAUGCAUGGCUGAGGACCUGGUGCAGGGGGUAGGGUUUAGGAUUUUUGGCUCAUUGAUAUCUCUUCUGGGAAGGAUAUGACCUAUGCAAAAGGGACAAGUUAUACCUGAACAUGAAAGGGACAAAAUACCACUACAGGUAGAUUUGCUAGAGCUGUUGGUGAGGAUUUAAACUACAUUGAUAGUGGACUGGGAACCAGAGUGAUAGGCUAGACGAUGGGGCAGUUGGUGUGCAGGUAGAUGCAGUGUGUAGAGAGACUGAGAAAGGACAGGUAUUCUAUAGGGUAAAAUUUCAAUCAAUGGGAUUGGGUGAAGUGUGUCCAUUUUAUUUUUUUUUUAAUUUUAUUUUUAUUUGGAUAAGGAGUUCACAAUGAGCAUGGGUCAGUACAUGGAACUAUGAUGUUGUGGCCAUUACGGACAUAUGCCUGUCACAACAGCAGGAGUGCCUUCUGGGUUCCAGUGUUUAGAUGUUUCAAAGCGGACAGAGGGGGUGGUAAAAGAGGUGGGAAGUUGCACUGCUAAUCUCAGUUGCAGAAAGGGAGGACAUCGUAAAGGGACUGUCUACUGAGACAGUGAGUGUAAAUCAGAAUCAGGAAGGAUCAAUCACUAUAUUGGAAUAUUCAAUAGACACUCCCAAUAGUAACAGAAAAACUGAGGAACAGAUCGGAAGGCAGAUUUUGGAAAGGUGCAGAAAUGUCAGGGUUGCUGUGAUGGUGGACUUAAACUUCCCUCAUAUUGAUUGGCACCUCUUUAGUCAAAAUGCUUAGAUGGGGUGGAAUUUGUUAGGUGUGAGAGGGGUGGCCACACUCUACCUGAUGCUGGGCAAAGUAUUGCCUCGCUUGAAGAGCAUUAUGGUGGAUAAGACCCUGUGCCUGAUAGGAUAUACACCAGGUUAUUGAGGGAGGAAAGAGAUGACAUUACUGGGGCCUUGACCAAUAUCCUCAUGUCCUGUCUAGCCACUGGAGGUCUGCAAGUAGCUAAUGUUGUUCCAUUAUUCAAGCUGGGAACCAGGGAUGAUCCUGGAAACUAUAGACUGGUAAGUCUCACAUUAGAGGGAGGGAAGUUACUGGAGAAAAUUCAUAGGGAUGGAUUUAUGAGCAUUUGGAAAACCAUGGCCCGAUUAGGGAGAGCCAGCAUGGCUCUGUGCGGGGCACGUUGUGUCCUAGUAAAUUAACAGAGUUUUUUGACGAGGUGAUGAGGGUGAUUGAUGAAGGUAGAGGUGAGGAGGUUAUCGACAUGGAUCUUAUUGAGGUGUUUGACAACCUUCCUCAUGGGAGGCUGAUGCAGAAGUUCGAGAUGCAUGGGAUUGAUAGUGAAUUGGCUGUUUGGAUUCAGAACCGGCUUGCCUAUUGAAAACAGAGGGUAGUGGUUGAAGGGACUUAUUCGAGCUGGAGGUCUGUGAUUAGUGGUGUUCUGUGGGGAUCAGAACUGCAACCUCUACUUUUUGUGAUGUACUGUAGAUAAAUGACAAGAAUGAAAAUGGAGAUGGGAGGGAUAGUAAGUUUGAAAUGUCUAAUACCCAAGGGCAUGCAUAUAAGGUGGGUGGGGGUGAGUUCCAAGAUGUGAGGGGUAAGUUUUUACACAGACUGUGAGGUGUGCGUGGUAGAAAUAGAUACAUUAUGAAAAUUUAGAUUAGCAGAUGAAGGUGAGAAAAAUGGAAGGUUAUGGACAUUGUGUAGGCAGAAGGGAUAAGUUUAGUUUGCCAUUUGAUUAUGACUAUUUAUUGGUUUGGUACAACUUUGUGGGCCGAAAGGUCUGCUUCUGUGCUGUCCUGUUCUACAAUUUAAUUGUGGUGUGACCAGUGUCUUAUAAAGCUUCAGCAUUAUAUUUUGCUUUUAUAUUGUAAUCUUUUCCAACUAAUUACUGAAAAUUGAAUUUACCUUCCUUACCAGACUCAACUUGCAAGUUCACCUUUAUUAAUCCUGCAUGAAGACUCCCAAGUCCCUUUGCAUCUUUGGUUUAUGAAUUUGCUCCCCGUUUAGAAAAUAGUCUACAUCUUUACUCAUUCUACCAAACUGCAUUACCCUGUACUGUAAUUCCCUGUGCCAUACUCCAUGUGCCACUUUUUUGUUCAUGCUCCUAAUAUGUCUAAGUCCUUCUGCUGACUCCCAUCUCCUCAACACUACCUGCCCCUCCAUCCAGCUUUUUAUUGGCCGCAGAGCUGGCCACAAAGCCAUCCAUCCCUUCAUCCAAAUCACUGACAUAUAAGGUGAAAAGAAGCAGUCCUAAUACUGACACCUACGGAAAACCACAUGUCACUGGCAGCCAACCAGGAAAGUCCCCACUUCUUGUUCUGGCACUACAUACAGUCUGUCAUUGGCUCAGUUGGGCAGCAGACAGCAACCAAUGAGGCAGCCCUCACACCUGCUGGAUGUCUACUGUAGGAUGCUACUGGACUGACACUGGCUCUGGAAUCACUUUUGCAGAAAACACCUGGCAUCUUCCACCCUGAUUCUGAUGUUCGGAUGCGCCUCAUUGCAACGAUGCUCAGCUGUAGUGACGAGACUUCAGGAAUGCAGAGAGUUAUGUUUUCCUGUUAGAGUCCAGCCCUUUGGGUAAUGUUUUCUUUGGAAAUUGUCUGGCAGUUGGAUCUCCAUGAGAUGAAGUCAUCAUUCUUCCUAGAAAUGUGCCAUUGACCUUCAAGGAAAUUUAAUGGUGAUGCACAGCCAUCUGAUUGUUCAGCAAGUGUAAACCUUUCCGGUUGUUGAAAAGACACAGGUAAUUAAAGUGAGCAGCUGUUGGCCCAUAUAUGCAGUUACUGCUGUUUUCACUUGUGGAAAAAACCCAAUUGUCAGUGUCGCCACCUGCAAUCAAGAUAAAUGAAACAAUCCUUCCGUAUUUGUGUGAUGCCUCUGGUGGAAACAAAUUGGGUGACAUGGCAGAGAUCAGAUGCAGCCUUUGGGAAGAUCUGGUGGUGAGUAAGUUGAUUGUCAAUGCAACCUUGACCUUCAUGGAGCGGCAAAGGCACGCGAGCAUGGCAAGAGUUUUGCUGGUGAUUCCACUGUGUUCAAUUCCAUAUACAACUCUUCAGCAAAUGAAUGCAUAUAUGUUCUGACAAGCCUGGGGUUGCAUGGAGCCAUUGGUGUGUCAAUUGUGGGAAUGAGAUUUGAAAAAGAGAGCAUGGCCAGUUGGGACCUUCUGCAUACCAGGAAUUGUGAGGAACCAUUAGUAAAUCAAUUUUGGAAGAAAGAUUUGAAAAAGUGAGCAGGAUCAAUUGAAACAUUCUGCACGUCUGAGAUUGCAAGGAGCCGUCAGCAAUCAGUUGUGGAAAUGAGAUGUGAAAAAGCAUGUGACACCGGUUUGGACAUUCUGCACACCUGAGAUCGCAGGGUGGUUGUGCACUUAUCAAGGACCAAUAAAAACAAGUCAGGUGUAAGCGAAGCAAUCAUUAUGGGAUUGGCCAUUAUGUGAGUGGGCCACUGUUAGAGUGGAGGAUUUGAGGCUUGGCUCAAAGAGGCUUCGGCAAGAAUAGGCGAAAGGUAAGGUAAGUUUCUGGUAAGUUUCUUUCUUUUUUUAUAUAUUAGUGCCUAGCUGGUGUAGUGAGAAAGUGUCCAGUGUCAGUGAUGGGUAUCUCAUGUUGGAUGUGCAAAUUAUGGGUGAACUGCAGUUUCCCUGAGAACUAUAUUUGUAGGUACUUCUAGCUGCAGCUCUUUAUAGACUGUGUUAGGGAACUGGAGCUGUUUUUGGGUGACCUACAGCUCAUAUGGGAGAAUGAGGAAGAGAUAGUUAUGAUCUACGGAGAGGUAUCACCCCUAAGUUGCAGGAGGCAGGUAGCUGGGUUAUUGUCAGGAGAGGGAAAGGGAACAGGCAGAUUGUGCUGAAUACUCCUGUGCUAUUCUAUUCAGUAACAAGUAUACCGGUUUGGAUAUCCUUGUGAGGGAUGGGGAGCCACCCAACGGGUGAAAGGUCUCUGGUACUGAGUCUAGCUCUAUGGUUCAGAAGGGAAGUGGGGAGAAAAGGAGUGCAGUGUUGAGAGCGGAUUUUAUACUUAGGUGAGCAGACAGUCAACUCUAUGGACAUGAAAGAGACCCCUAUAUGUUAUGUUCCUUCUCAGUUGCCAGGGUCAGUGAUAUCUCAGAUUAGCCACAGCAUUCUAAAAAUGGAGAGUGAGUAGCCAGAAGUUGUGGCGCAUAUUGGUACCCACUACAUAUAGGUAGGAAAAUGGAUGAGGUCCUGAAGAGAGAAUGUUGGGAGCUAGAAAGUAAGCUGAAAAGCAGAACCUCAAGGGUAGUAAUCUCUGAAGUGCUGCAUGUGCUAUGCACCAGUGAGGGUAAGAAUAGGAUGAUUUGGCAGAUCAAUGCAUGGCUGAGGAACUGGUGCAGGGGGUAGGGUUUAGGAUUUUUGGCUCAUUGGUAUCUCUUCUGGGGAAGCCAGGGCUGUAUAAAAACAAUGGGUUACACCUGAAGUUGAGGGGCACAAAAUAUCCUUGCAGGGAGGUUUGCUAGAGCUUUUGGCGAGGAUUUAAACUAAUUCGGGAGAGGGAUGGGAGCCAGAGUGAUAGGCCAGACGAUGGGGCAGUUGGUGUGCAGGUAGAUGCAGUGUGUAGAGAGACUGAGAAAGGACAGGUAUUCUAUAGAGUAAAAUUGCAAUCACUGGGAGUGGGUGAACAGAGUCCAUUUUAAUGCUAUCAGCAACAAGGGUAAAGAACUUAAAGCAUGGAUCAGUAUAUGGAACUAUGAAUUUCUGGCCAUUAUAGAGACAGGCCUAUCACAAGGGGAGGAGUGGCUGGUGGAUGUACCAGGUUUUAGAUGUGACAAAGUAGACAGGGAGGGAGGUAAAAGAAGUGGGGAAGUGGCAUUGCUAAUCAGGGAUAGUAUCACAGGUGCAUAAAGGAAGGGUGGUGUGAGGGGAUUGUCUACUGAGACAGUGUGUGUGCAAGUCUGAAACAGUAAAAGGAGCAGUAAAAGGACUUUUUAAAAAAAUAUUCAGUAGACACUCCUAACAGCAACAAAGAUACUGAGGAAUAGAUCAGGAGUCAGAUUUUGGAAAGGUGCAGAAAAGAACAGGGCUGUUGUUAUGGGGAACUUAAAUUUUUCUGAUAUUGAUUGGCAACUCCUUAGUCAAAAGGUUUAGAUGGUGCAGAAUUUGUUAGGUGUGUUCAGGAAGCACUCCUGACACAAUAUGUAGACAGGCCAACGAGACUAGAGGCCACACUAUAUCUGGUGCUAGGCAGAGUUUUGGUUCUCUUAAAGAUCAUUAAGGUGGAGAUGCCCCAGUGCCUGAUAGGAUAUACAGCAGGUUAUUGAGAGAGGCAGGAGAUGAGAUUACUGGGGCCUUGAUUUAAACAUUUGUGUCCUCUCUACCUGCAGGCAAGGUUCCAGAGGACUUUUGAGUAGCUAAUGUUGUUACCUUAGUCAAUAAGUGAACCAGGGAAAUUCCUGAACACCAUAUUCCGGCGAGUUGCAUGUCAGAGAUAGAGAAGUUACUGAGGAGAAUUUAUAGGAAUAGGAAUUAAGAGCAUUUUGCAAACCAUGGCUGAAUUAGGGAGAACCAGUAUGGCUUUGUGCAGGACAAGUUGUGUCUUGCUAACUUAAUUGAGCUUUUUGAGGAGAUGAUAAAGGUGAUUGAUAAAGGUAGAUCUGUGGAUGUUGUCGACAUGGAUUUUAUUAAGGUGCCUGACGACAUCCCUAAUGGGAGGCUGAUGCAGAAGUUUAAAAUGCAUGGGAUUAAUGGUGAAUUGGUUGUUUGGAUUCAGAACUGCCUUGCCUAUUAAAAACAGUGGGAUAGUGGUUGAAAGGAGCAAUUCUAUGUAGAGGUCUGUGAUUAGUGGUGUUCCACCGGGAUCAGUACUGGGACCUCUACUGUUAGUAAUGUUCUGUAUAUAAAUGACAAGAAUGAUAAUGAGAUGGGUAGGUUAGUAAGUUUGAAGAUUCUGAUACUGGUGUGCAUGCUUUCAAGGUGAGAGGGGGUGAGUUUAAAGGAGAUGUGAGGGGUAAAUUUUUACACAGAGAGUGAGGUGUGCCUGGGGUGGUGAUAGAAGCAGGUACAUUAUGGAUUUUUACGGACUUAUGGAAGUGGAAGAAUACGGGCAUUAUGUAGGCAGAAGAGAUUAGUUUAGUUGGCUAUUUGGUUACUAAUUUAAUUGGUCUGGCACAAUAUUGUGGGCCGAACGGUCUGUUCCUGAGGUAUACUGUUCUAUGUUCUAAGUGUGAUGUGACCAGUUCCUAAUAAAGUUUCAGCAUUACUUCCUUGCUUUUAUAUUCUAGUUGUCUCAAUAUGAAUGCUAACAUUGAAUUGCCUUCCUUAUCACAGACUCAACCUGCAACUUCACCUUGAGAAAUCCUGCACGAGGACUCCCAAGUCCCUUUGCACUUCUGAUUGCUGAAUUUGCACACCGUUUAAAAAAUAGUCUACAUCUUUAAUUCUUCUACCAACAUGCGUGACCCUAGACUUAAAAAACACGUCAUUCCAUGUGUCACUCCUUUGCCUGUUCUCCUAAUCUGUCUAAAUCCUUCUACAGACUUCCUUCUUCCUCAGCAUUACCUGCCCCUCCAUCCAGCUUUUUAUUGGCCGCAGAGCUGGCCACAAAGCCAUCAAUCCCUUCAUCGAAAUCACUGACAUAUAAGGUGAAAAGAAGCAGUCCUAAUACUGACACCUACGGAAAACCACAUGUCACUGGCAGCCAACCAGGAAAGUCCCCACUUCUUGUUCUGGCACUACAUACUGUCUGUCAUUGGCUCAGUUAGGCAGCAGACAGCAACCAAUGAGGCAGCCCUCACACCUGCUGGAUGUCUACUGUAGGAUGCUACUGGACUGACACUGGCUCUGGAGUCACUUUUGCAGAAAACACCUGGCAUCUUCCACCCUGAUUCUGAUGUUUGGAUGCGCCUCAUUGCAACGAUGCUCAGCUGUAGUGACGAGACUUCAGGAAUGCAGAGAGUUAUGUUUUCCUGUUAGAGUCCAGCCCUUUGGGUAAUGUUUUCUUUGGAAAUUGUCUGGCAGUUGGAUCUCCAUGAGAUGAAGUCAUCAUUCUUCCUAGAAAUGUGCCAUUGACCUUCAAGGAAAUUUAAUGGUGAUGCACAGCCAUCUGAUUGUUCAGCAAGUGUAAACCUUUCCGGUUGUUGAAAAGACACAGGUAAUUAAAGUGAGCAGCUGUUGGCCCAUAUAUGCAGUUACUGCUGUUUUCACUUGUGGAAAAAACCCAAUUGUCAGUGUCGCCACCUGCAAUCAAGAUAAAUGAAACAAUCCUUCCGUAUUUGUGUGAUGCCUCUGGUGGAAACAAAUUGGGUGACAUGGCAGAGAUCAGAUGCAGCCUUUGGGAAGAUCUGGUGGUGAGUAAGUUGAUUGUCAAUGCAACCUUGACCUUCAUGGAGCGGCAAAGGCACGCGAGCAUGGCAAGAGUUUUGCUGGUGAUUCCACUGUGUUCAAUUCCAUAUACAACUCUUCAGCAAAUGAAUGCAUAUAUGUUCUGACAAGCCUGGGGUUGCAUGGAGCCAUUGGUGUGUCAAUUGUGGGAAUGAGAUUUGAAAAAGAGAGCAUGGCCAGUUGGGACCUUCUGCAUACCAGGAAUUGUGAGGAACCAUUAGCAAAUCAAUUUUGGAAGAAAGAUAUAUGCAGUUACAGCUGCCUUCACUUGUGGAAAAACCCAUUGGCACCUGAAAUGAAGAUAGGUGACACUAUCCAUCCAUAUCUGCUGAUGUCUCUGGUGGAAACAAACUGGGUGACGUGGCAGAGAUCAGAUGCAGCCCUUUGGGAAGAUCUGGUGGUGAGUAAGUUGAUUGUCAAUGCAACUUUGACCUUCAUGGAGCAGCACAUGAGCAUGGCAAGAGUUAUGCUGGAAUCUGCAAUGUGUUCAAUUCCAUAUACAAUUCUUCACAAAUGAAUGUAUGCACAAGCUGAUAAGCAAGAGAUCAUGUGGAGCCAUUAUAGAGUCAAUUGUGGGAGUGAAAUUUGAAAAACUGAAUGGAGCCAGUUGGGACAGAACGCAUGUCUGACAUCACGUGGAGCCAUAGGUGAAUCAUUUCUGGAAGCAAGAAUGGAAAAAGCAAGAGAGUCCAUUUGGGACAUUCUGAAUGUCCUGAGAUUGCUCGGAGCCAUAAGCAAGUUAAUUGUGGGUGAAAUAUUUGAAAAAGCAAGCUGGCCAAUUGGAGCAUUGUGUACAGCAGAGAUUGCAAGCAGCAAUUGACAAGAAGUCAUGGAAACAAGAUUAGAUAAAACGAAUGGGGCCAGUUGGGACAUUCUGCAUGGGAUGAUCAUGCACUUGACAAGAGGCAAUAAAAUGAAGCCAGGUGUAAGCAAAGUGGUCUUUGUGGGAGUGGUCAUCAUGUGAGUGGGCCAGUGUUAGAGUGGAGGAUUUGAGGCUUGUCUCAAAGGGGCUUUGGCAGAGAGGCAAAGGAUAAGGUAAGUUACUGGUAAGUUUCUGUAUUACUUUGUCUAUUAAUACCUAGCUAGUGGAGUUAGAGUGUGUCCGGUGUCAGUGAUGGGUUCUUCACGUUGCAUGCAGGAAUUCUGGGUAAACUGCAGUCUCCCUGAGAACUCCAUUUGCAUGAUAUGCACGAGCUGCAGCUCCUUACAGACCAUAUUAAGGAAUUGGAGCUGCAGUUGAAUGAGCUACAGCUCAAAUGGAAGAAUGAGGAGGAGGUAGUAAGGUCUACAAAGAGGUAUUCACCCCUAAUUUGUAGGAGGCAGGUAACUGAGUGAUUGUCACAAGAGGGAAGAGGAAUAGGCAGACAGUGCAGAGUGCCCUUGUGGCUAUUCCUUUCAGUAUCAAAUAUAGCACUGUUUAAACUGCUGGGCAGGGUGUGGGAGGGACCUAAUGGGGGAAAGCAGCGGCGUCCAGGUCUCCGAGAUUGAGUCUGAUUCUAUGCCUUAGAAGGGAAGUAGGGAGAAUGGCUGGUGGAUGUUCUGGAGUUUAGAUCUUUCAGAGGGGGCAGAGGGUUGCAAAAGAGGUGGGGAAGUGGCACUUGUUUAAUCAUGGAUAAUAUCACAGCUGCAGAAAGGGAAGAUGUCAUUCAGGGAUUGUCUACUGGGUCAGUCUGUGUGGAAAUCAGUAACAGGAAAGUAGCAAUCAAUCUUUUGGAAUAUUGCAUAGACCCUCACAGUAUCAACAGACACUGAAGAACAGAUGGGGAGGCAGGGAUUGGAAACAUGCAGAUAUAACAGGGCUAUUGUCAUGGGGGACUUCAAUUUCCCAAAUAUUGAUUGGUACCUCCUUAGUUCAGGAUUUCCUUUUUGCUCGUAAUUAAGCUGCUGUCAUUUGCCUAGAUGCAUCCACUUGCUGAGCAAGGUAAUUUCCCCAUUAGUUCUUUAAUCUUACUGUGCAUCAACUUUGUUCCAGGGUUAUGGGUUUGUAGUAUUUCUGUCUCUGAGCAUUUCUCAUUUAGCCAUCUGUCUUUAGCUUCUCUGCAUUUUCGUUUUAUUGUCUUAUCAAGUUUUGGUUUGAUGGUCUGCUUUUGUUGUAUCAAUUGUAUUAUCUCUUCAGUUAUCCAUUUCUUCUUACUUUUCCAUUCUUUUUGUGGGAUCUUUGCAGCUUCAACCAUGGAUUCCUUCAUUAUGUCCCAGGAAGAUUUGCCUCCUUCAUCCUGCAGCAAUUGAAAAUGGUUUUUCACCUUGUUUGCGUUUUCAGAUGAGGGUUGUUUUGUAGUUGUUGAUAAUCCAGUGGUUCUGAUCUUUUUGGUUUCUUUAAUUUUCUCAUCUUUAUUUUCACUUUGCAAAUUACUGGUAUGUGGUCGCUUCCACAUGCUCCAGGGUAGCUUUUCGAUUGAUUUAUCGAGUUUUUGAGUCUUUUAUUGAUUAUUAAGUAGUCAAUUUGAUUUUUGUUGUUCCCAUCUGGGCUUCUCCAUGUCUAUUUCCUUCUUGGAUGUUGUUUAAACCAAGUGUUGGUGAUUAUCUGAUUGUUUGUUUUACACCAUGAUAUAAGCUUUUCUCCUCUUUCAUUUCUUUCUCCCAAUCCUUGGUCUCCAACAAUAUGGUCUUCUCUUCCCUCACCAACUUUUGCAUUAAAGUUGCCCAUGACUAUGAUGGCUUCUUGUGAUUUGCAUUCUUCUAGUGCUUUGUCUAGGGAGUGGUAGAAGGCAUCAAUUUCUUCCUCUGAACUUGCCAUUGUGGGUGCAUAUACUUGGAUGAUAGAGAUGUUAUUUUGUUGUCCUUUUAGUUUGAUUAGCAUCAUUCUGUCUGAGAUAUGCGAGCAUCCUAGCAGGCUCUUGGAUGUUUCUUUGCCUAAGAUGUUUGCAACACCCUUUUCAUGUUUAUCUCCACCAGAGUAUAUCAUCUUGUAGUCGCCUGAUUGGAAUACUCCAGUGCCUUUCCAUCUUAUUUCACUUAAGAAAGGAACAUAAAGAAGAAUCUUGAAGGAUCUAGCAUUCUAAAAUCAGAAAUUCGAGCAGCCAUAAAUAAAACAAAACAUAACAGAGCAACUAGUCCAGACAACAAUGCCGUUGAAAUGAUACUGGCCUUAGAAGAUUUUGGAAUAGAGAAAAUAACAGGAAAUAGCAAAUGAAAUCUAUGAUCAUGGGGAGAUACCUGAUGAUUUAAGUAAAUCAGUGUUCAUCACACUUCCAAAGAAAGAGGGAGCAGCAGAAUGUGAGUUACAUCGUACAAUAAGCUUGAUUAGCUACGUGGCAAAAACUAUUAACAGAGUAAUCAUGAUGAGAGCAAGACGCUGUAUAAAACCAGAAAUCAGUAAAGAACAAUGCAGCUUUGUGGAAAACACUGGAACCAGAAAUGCAACUUUCAUGCUACCGAUGAUCUGUGAACGAGCCAGCCAGGUACACAAAUACAUCUACCUAUGUUUCAUCAACUAUACAAAAGCUUUUGACACCAUCAGACACCAAGAUCUUCUGGAAAUGCUUCAAGAUCUUGACAUAGAUGGGAAAGAUAUGGGUUUCUUAAGAAACUUAUACUGGGACCAGACAGCAUCCAUCAGAAUAGAAGGAGAAGUGAGUGAGUACGUGAAUAUCAUGAGAGGAGUCAGGCAAGAUUGUGUCUUUUCGCCAGACUUAUUCUACCUGUAUAGACAUAGACAUAGAAAAUAGGUGCAGGAGUAGGCCAUUCGGCCCUUCGAGCCUGCACCGCCAUUUAUUAUGAUCAUGGCUGAUCAUCCAACUCAGAACCCUGCACCAGCCUUCCCUCCAUACCCUCUGAUCCCCCUAGCCACAAGGGCCAUAUCUAACUUCCGCUUAAAUAUAGCCAAUGAACUGGCCUCAACUGUUUCCUGUGGCAGAGAAUUCCACAGAUUCACCACUCUCUGUGUGAAGAAGUUUUUCCUACUCUCAGUCCUAAAAGGCUUCGCCUUUCUUCUCAAACCGUGACCCCUCGUUCUGGACUUCCCCAACCUCGGGAACAAUCUUCCUGCAUCUAGCCUGUCCAAUCCCUUUAGGAUUUUAUACGUUUCAAUCAGAUCCCCCCUCAAUCUUCUAAAUUCCAACGAGUACAAGCCUAGUUCAUCCAGUCUUUCUUCAUAUGAAAGUCCUGCCAUCUCAGGAAUCAAUCUGGUGAACCUUCUUUGUACUCCCUCUAUGGCAAGGAUGUCUUUCCUCAGAUUAGGGGACCAAAACUGCACACAAUACUCCAGGUGUGGUCUCACCAAGGCCUUGUACAACUGCAGUAGUACCUCCCUGCUCCUGUACUCGAAUCCUCUUGCUAUAAAUGCCAGCAUACCAUUCGCCUUUUUCACCGCCUGCUGUACCUGCAUGCCCACUUUCAAUGACUGGAGUAUAAUGACACCCAGGUCUCGUUGCACCUCCCCUUUUCCUAAUAGUGUAAAUAUCUUGAGAAGUAGUAAAGACAUCAAAGGAUUCACAGUUGGAGGCCAUAAUAUAAGUAACAUCAGAUAUGCUGAUGAUAUUGUACUAAAAGCUGACUCAGAAACAAAACUUCAAGAACUACUCACUAUAGUGGCAGCAGAAAGUAAUUGCAGAGGCCUCUCAAUCAACACCAAGAAGACAGAAAGCAUGGUCAUCUCCAGAAAGACAAACAUCCCACAAUGUGUGACCAAGAUCGGAAAUACAAACAUCAAACAAGUCAACAAAUUCAGAUAUCUUGGCAGCCUAAUAACAAGUGAUGGCAGGUGCGACACAGAAAUCAAAUAGAGAAUAGUAAUGGCGAAAGAAGCUUUCCAGAAAAUGAAGACCAUAUUAACAGACAGAAAGAUGAGCAUGUACACUAAAAACAGAAUAUUGCAGUGCUACAUUUAUUCUAUCCUGACUUAUGGAAGUGAAUGCUGGACCAUUUCCCCAGCAAUGGAAAAGAGACUAGAAGCAGCUGAAUUUUGGUUCUACAGAAGAAUGUUAAAAAUAUCAUGGACCACACACACAUCAAGUGAAGAAGUUCUCAGAAGAGCCCAAGCAGUUCGAUCACUCAUACCAACAAUAAGAGAAAGACAACUCAGAUUCAUAGGACACAUCAUGUGGAAAGAUGAACUAGAAAAACUCAUACUCUCUGGAAAGAUCAAGGGGAGCCAACUCAGAGGAAGACCUUGCCUUAUGUACAUCAAAAGCCUAGUCAGGGGCUACACAUCGAGGAAAUGGAAGUCAUCCAAAGAACGAGGAAUAGAUCUAUAUGGAAAACCAUGGUCACCAACUUCUGCAUCGGAUAUAGUACCUAGACAGACAGGCAGACCUCCUUAGUGCAAAGGUUUAGAUGACGUGGAAUUGUUGAGUGUGUCCAGGAAGCAUUCCUGACACAAUAUGUAGACAAGCCGAUAAGAUUAGAUAUCAUACUAUAUCAGGUGCUAGGCAGAGUGUUGGUUCUCUUGAAGAGCAUUAAGGUGGGGAUGGCCCCAGUGCCUGAUGGGAUAUACAGCAGGUUUUUGAGAGAGGCAGGAGAUGAGAUUACCGGGGCUUUGACCCAAACUUUUGUGUCCUCUCUACCUGCAGGCACGAUCCCAGAGGACCUUUGAGCAGCUAAUGUUGUUACCUUAAUAAGUGAACCAGGGAUAAUCCUGAACACCAGAGCUAGUGAAUCGCACAUCAGAGAUAGGGAAGUUAGUGGAGAAAAUUUGUAGGAAUAUGAUUCACAUGCAUUUGGGAAACCACGGUCAAAUUAAGUAGAGCCAAUAUGGCUUCGUGAGGGGAAUGUUGUGUCCUACUAACUUAACAGAGUUUUUGAUGAGGUGAUGAGGGUGAUUGAUGAUGGUAGAGGUGAGGAUGUUAUCGACAUGGAUUUUAUUAAGGUGUUUGACAACGUUCUUCAUGGGAGGCUGAUGCUGAAGUUUAAGGUGCAUGUAUUUGAUGGCGAAUUUGCUGUUUGGAUUCAGAACUGACUUGCCUAAUGAAAACAGAGGGUAGCGGUCAAAGAGACUUAAAUCAAGCUGGAGGUCUUUGAUUAGAGGUGUUCCACAAAGGUCUAUACUGGAAUUCUACUAUUUGUGAUGUACUGUAUAGGAAUAACAAGAAUGAAAAUGUAGAUGGGAUGGUUAGUAAGUUUGAAAUGUCUCAUACUGGUGAAUAUGCGUCUCACGUAAGGGGGGUGAGUUCAAAGGAGAUGUGAGGAGUAAGGUUUUUACAGAGAGUGGUGUGUGCUUGGGGUAGUGAUAGAGGUAGAUACAUUACAGACUUCUAAGAGACAUUUUGACAAGCACAUGAAUGUGAGAGAAAUGGGAGGAUACAGACAUUGUGUGAGCAGAAGGGAUUAGUUUUGUUGGCCAUUAGAUUACUAAUUUUAUUGGUUCCACACAACAUUGUGGCCCGAAGUGUCUGUUCCUGUGCUGUGCUUUUCAAUGUUGUAUUUUCUGAGUUCUAACUGCAACCCUAUCAAUGCUUUAUAAACCCUCAACAUUACAUCCUUGCUCAUAUAUUCUAGAUCCCUCAAAACAAAUGCUAACAUUGAAAAACACAUUCAAUCUUCCAGUUAACCUUUAGGAAACCCUGCAUGAGGACUUCCAAGACCCUUUGCACCUAACCCUAACCCUCCAGAUCCAAACAUGGUGCCCAACCACUGGAGAACUGCAAAUGUCACACUUCUCUUGAGGAAAAAAGGUUUAGAGAUAAAGCUAGUAAAUAGAAAAUAGUCCAUGCCUUUAUUUCUCCAUUUAACCAUACACUUCCCUAUACAAUAUUCUAUCUGACACUUCUUUACCCAUUCUCCUAAUCUGUCAAAUUCCUUCUGCAGCAUCCUCACUUCCUCAACAUUAUCUUUCCCUCCACCUAUCUUUGUAUCACCUGCAAACUUGACUACAUACCAUUGACACAUAACAUGAAAAGAAACAAUCAGCUCUGACCCCUGCGGAACACCACAUGUCACUGGCAGCCAACCAGGAAAGUCCCCACUUCUUCUGGCACUGGUUACAGUCUGUCAUUGGCUCAGUUCAGCAGCAGACAGCAACCAAUAAGGCAGCCCGUACACCCGUUGGAUGUCUACUGUAGGAUGCUACUGGAAUGACACGAUCGCAAAUCACUUUUGCAGGAAACACUUCGGCAACUUCCACCCUGAUUCUGAUGUUCAGAUGUGCCUAAUUACAACGGUGCUCAGCUGUAGUGGUGAGACUUUCAGGGAAGCAGAGAGUAGUGUUUUCCUGUCAGUGUCCAGUCCUUUGGGUAAUGUUUGCUUUGGAAAUUGUCUGGCAGUUGGAUCUCCAUGAGAUGAAGUCAUCAUUCUUCCUAGAAAUGUGGCAUUGACCAUCAAGAAAUUUUAAUGGCGAUGCACAGCCGUCUGAUCGUUCAGCAAGUGUAAACCUUUCCUGUUAUUGAAAAGACACAGGUAAUUAAAGUGAGCACCUGUUGGCCCAUAUAUGCAGUUACUGCUGCCUUCACUUGUGGAAAAACCCAAUUGUCAGUGUCGCCACCUGCUAUCAAGAUAAAUGAAACAAUCCUUCCACAUCUGUGUGACGCCUCUGGUGGAAACAAAUUGGAUGACGUGGCAGACGAUGCAGCCCUACAGGAAGAUCUGGUGAAAAGAAGAGAUGCAGCUCAGUUGCCAGCAGCACGCAGUCUAUUGGAGGAACUCAACAGGUCGAGAAGCAUCUGUGCAGGGGAAGGAUUGUCAACAUUUCGGGUUGAAACCCUGUAUCAGGAUUCUAAGCUGCUAGAUUUACUUGAUGCUGACUUCCAUGCAAUUCAGGCUUAACCACAUAAGGAGAUAAUUUGAACUGCAGGGCAUGGCCGCCGGACCCUGAGUAAACUUCACCUCACAGUGGAGUGAGGAGUCAGGUCAUACUAUUGCAAGGAUAGCGCCUCGUAUGGAAACACACAGGAGCUAACAGUGUCCACGCACACAGCGGAUGUCAGAGCGUUCAAACGCAGGGGAGAUCAGCGUUCCAGACACAGUGGACAUCACCGUAUCGUCACACACGCGGGAAAUUUGUUGUGUCUACACAAUUUGGGAGAGCGCCAUGUCUACAAGAAUGAGAAAUCUGCACGUCAACAGACAGUGGAAUCCACACCGACGCAGAAGAUUGCCGUGUGCAAAGCAGAGCGACGUGUCCACAUGCACAGACACAGGAGGUCGCAUGGCCGCACACGCAAGAGAUCACCGAAUCUGCACACACAGGGGAAAUCACCAUAUCCCCAGACACAAAGGAAAUUGCCAUGUUCAUAUAUGCAUAAAAGAUCACCGCAUCCGCACACUCUCACAAGAUCGAUGCGACCGCACAAACAGACCAUCGCUGCAUCCACACGCAUACAGGUGUCGCUGUGUCCGUGCACCUCUAAGUGAUUUGCCACAUUGGUAGACACACACUAGUGCUCGCUGAGUCCGCACAGUCACAUGCGAUCGCUAUGUCUGCACAAACAGGAGAUUGCUACGCCGCACGCACAGGUGAUCACCAAGACUGUAUACACAUACACACACACGACAGUGGCGUGCGAGGAAACACAGAUGAGUCCGGCACAUCCAGACGCUGAUAAGAUAAGCAUAUCCUCACACAUAGGAGAUUUCUGUGUCUACAGUCACGAGAGAGCACCGUUUCCACGCUCAAGGAGAUCGCCAGGCCCACGUACAUACAGGAGGUCAUAGUAUCCACACACACACACGCAGGAGACUACGAAGUCACUGCUCCCCACACAUACAACGGAGAACGGCACGUCGGCACACGCACACAGACAGAAUAUCGCUCUUUCUGCAUACACAGAAGAGAUUAUCACGUCCUCACGCACUGUUGCUCGCCGAGUCUGCACACACACAGGAGAGCGCCGGGAGUGCAAACACGCAAGAGAUCACUCCAUCCAGACGCACUGAAGAGGUCACCCGGUCAACACACACACAUACAUACACACACACACAGAAGGUCGCUGUAUUCAUACACACACAUAACGGACCGUCGCCUCCAGGGCACACACGGGAGAUCGUCGUGUCCACAAACACAAGAGGAUCACUGCGUCUUCACACACACAGGAUAUUGCCGUGUCCAAACGCAAACACAUACAGGUGACAGCCGCGUCAGCGCUCACAGGUCAUCACUGCUCUCCACAUAUGCAACGGAGAUUGCCACAUUGGCACACACACACAAUAUCACCCUGUACGGACGGACACAGGAGAUCGUUACAUCGCACACAUAGGUGUCGUUACAUCGCACACAUAGGUGAUGACCAAGACUACACACACGCAUAUGCCAGCAGCGCGUGAGGAAACACGGAGUUCGCACGUCCAAAUACAGAAGAAAUCAGCGUGUCCACAUACAGUUGAUCACCGAGUCUGCACACAGGUGAGUGCUGGGAGCGCAAACACACAUGAAAUCCCUCCGUCUAGAUCACCGUGUCUACACACACAGGAGAACACCGUGUCCACACAAACAGCAGAUCGAGUGCUGCAUCUGCACAUGCACAGAGGAUCGGUAAGUCGGCACACCAACGUACAAAAUUGACACGACUGCAUACACAAACACAUGACUGCAUACGCACAUAUAUUACCAUGUCCAGACACAGGAGCUCAAGAUAUUCACACUCAGUGGAGAUUAUUGUUUCUUCACACACACACACAGGAGAGCGCCUCUUGCGGAAACACACAGGAGGUGACAGUGUCCAUGCACACACACACAGGUGAUCAGUGCGUUCAAAAGCAGGGGAGGUCAGUGUGCCCAACACAGUCGACAUCACCGUGUCGUCACAUACGGAUCGCCGUGUCCACACGAAUGAGAAAUCACGUCGACACACAGUGGAAUCCACGCAGACGCAGGAGAUUAUCGUGUACACAGGUACAUAGUAGAGCGACGUGUCGAGAUACCCAGAUCACUGCCUGCAGAGACACAGGAGGUCGCAUGGCCGCACACGCAAGAGAUCCCCAAGUUUGUACACACAGAGGAAAUCACCAUAUCCCCAGACACAAAGGAAAUCGCGGUGUCCACACAUGCGCAAAAGAUAACCGUAUCCAUACUGCCACACGUCUAUGAGUCCGCACACACACGCACAGGAUCGCUGCGUCCACACACAUACAGGUGUCGCUGUGUCCGCGCAUCUAUAAGACCACCACAUCCGCAUACACACACUAGUGAUCGCCGAAGCUGCAUAGUCACACAAGAUCAUCAUGUCUAUACAACAGGAGAUUGCUACGUCGCAUGCACAGGCGAUCACCAAGACUGCAUACAUAUACACACACGACAGCAGCGCACGAGGAAACAGAAGAGUUCGGCACGUCCACACAGUGGAGAUCUCCACGUCUACACUCACGGGAGAACAAGUGCACAGGAAAUCACUGCAUCCACACACACACACAAAGAAUAUCACCUUGUGCGCACCGAUUACCACGUCUGCAUGCACAGUUGAUCUCCGAGUUUGCACACACGCCAGAGAGCGCCGGGAAUGCAAACACACAGGAGAUCCCACCCCCCCCACCCGCCGUCUAGUUGCAGUGAGGGGGUCAUCCGGUCCACACACACACACAACGGACCGUCGCCUCCAAGGCACGAACAGGAGAUCGCCGUGUCCAGGAACGCACAGGGGAUCGCUGCGUCUUCACACACACAGGUGACAGCCACGCCAACGCUCACAGGACAUCAUCGUUCUCCACACAUGCAGCGGAGAUCGCUAUGUCGGCACAUACACACAGAAUGUCGCCCUAUCCGGAUGGACACAGGAGAUUGCUACGUCCGCACGCAGAGUUGAUCACCGAGUCUGAACACACAGGAGAUCUCCGUGUCUACACCAUGGGAGAGCGCCGUGUCCACACGAAUGAGAAAUUUCAACGUCGACACACAGUGGAAUCGACACAGACGCAGGAAGUUGCCGUGUACACAGGUACAAAGCAGAGCAACGUGUCCGCAUACACAGAUCACCGCCUGCACACACACGGGAGAUCACCAAGUGGGAGUGGGAGCAUUAGUGGUAGAGAUGAUCGGGGCAGCGGGAAAGGAGCGCCUGCGAGAUACUGGGGGAAAGACUGACACGGGUAGCGGUUGCUGCAUUGCGAUGGCGACAAGGUUAAUGGCUGUCAGCUGACGCUGGCUAUCCACGGUGAGUUUAUGGACGGCAGCCGCGAGAGCGAAAAUCGCGGACACCUGACUUCGAUUUUCUAGGGUAAGCUGUUGAGCAGUUGUGGCAAGGAUGAUACCUGUUCCUCCAGAUGAGCAUGGGCUUGUCGGCACGAGAUUACCUGCUUCAUUGCUUCAGUAACUUCACCCAGAGCAGAUUCAAUUGCCUGUAGCUUGUCCCCUACCUGACCAAUGAGCCUAUUCACGAGUGCAAUAGCCGAAUCUGCUGCGUUGCAGAGUCCGUGGCUGUGACUGAAGGAAAUCGCUGUAUUCACAUACACAGGAGAGACCGUGCCCACACACACGCAUGAAAUCGCCAUAUCCACACCCAAGGAAAUUCGCACGUCCACAAAUGCAAAGGUAGGUGGUCAAUGUGUCCAUGCGCACACAAGCGAUUACCAUGUUCAUGCACUCAUGCAGGAGGUCGCCGUGUCCACACACACAUUAGGUCACUAUGCAGACACAUACAGGAAAUCACGGUGUACACACACACGUCGGCGAUCUCCAAUUUUUGCUUCCUUAAUUGUGCAUGAUAUCACACACACAGAAGAUUGUCACGUUGGCACGCACAGAAGAUCGCGGAUUCCCCGCACACAGUAGAUCGCUGUGUCCACACACACAGCACAUCACUGCGUCCACACACGCAUAUGAGAUCGCCUUGUCCACACACAAGGAGAUCCGCACGUCCACAAAUGCGCAGGUGAUCACCGUGUCCACACACAGAAAUCGUCACGUCCCCACGCACAGCAGAUCCGCGAAUCCACACAGCAACCUUCUGUGUGUGUGUGUGUGUGUGGACAUGGCGAAACCACUUUGAAGAGAGCUAUCCUUUCAAUCAGGUCCGCACUCAAGUUUAAAAAAGAGAGAACUUAAAGUCAGUUUUUCGGAAUUGGACUUCAGCCAGUCAUUGAGCAGGGUUCAUUAGAAAGGGCAAGUAAAAUAACACAAGUUCGAGAGGAACGGCCAUUGUAAGUGGGUCACUGUUUGGAGUGGCUUUGGCUAGAUUAGGGUUGGGCGAGGUAAAGUAUCUGGCAAGUUUCGCUCUUUGUUCUUAAUUCUUCAUUUCUCGUUUGUUAGGGCAGAAUAGUGCAGUGAGAAUGGCUCCAGGGGUGGUGUUUUGUACUCUGUAUGAAAUGUGGGAAUUCUGGGAGACCUCCAUUCCACCGGUUAAACACAUCUGCACUGGGUGCACCGAGCUGCAGCUCGAUGACCUUCGGGUCAUACGAAGGAGCGGACAGUAGGAGCUACAGGGAGGUAGUCACCCCUAGACUGCAGGAGACCGGUAACUGGGUGACUGUCAGGAAGAGGAAGGGAAAUGAACAGCCAGUGCAGAGUACCCCUGUGGCCGUUUCCAAAGGUAUAUACUUACAAACAGGUAUAUAGGUAUAUCAGUUUAGAUACUGUUGAGGGGGACGACCUACCAGGGGACAGCCGCGGUGACCGGGUCUCCGGCACUUAGUCUGGUGCUGUUGCUCAGAAGAGAAGAGAGGUGAAAAGGACUGUAGUGGUGAUAAGCGAUUCCACAGUCAGAGGAACAGAGACGCGAUUCUGUGGGCUUGAUAGACACCUCGAUGGUAGGUUGUCUCCCAGAUGACAGCAUCAGGUAUGUGUCGGAUCGGGUCCAUGGGAUUCUAAAGGGGAGAGUGAGCAGCCAGAAGUCUUGGUACACACCAGUGACAGAGGUAGAAAAGGUGAGGACAUCCUGAAGGGGGAUUUUAAGGAGUUAGGUAGAAAGUUCAAAUACAGAACCUCCAGAGAACAGAUCUUUGGAUUGCUGCCUGUGCCACGCGGCAUUGAGGGUAAGAAUAGGAUGGUUUGGCAAAUGAAUGCAUGGUUGAGGAACUGGGGAAGGGAGCAGGGUUCAGAUUUAUGGAUCAUUUGGACCCCUUCUGCGGAAGGUCCAACCUAUACAAAAGGGACACGUUACACCUGAACCCGAGGGGGACCAAUAUCAUUGUGGGCAAGUCUGCUACAGUUAUUCAGGAGGAUUUAAACUGAUUUGGCAGGGGCAUGGGAACCGGAGUGAUAGUUGUGAGGAUGAGGUAGUUGGCUUACAAACAGGGGCAGUGUGCAGUGAGACUCCGAGCAAGGAGAGGCUGAUGAUAGGGCAAAAUUGCAGUCAACAGGAUGAGUUGCAAUGUAAAAGGUGGACAAAAUUGAAAAGGGAGAAUGCAGGACUGAAAGUGUUAUAUCUGAAUGUGCACAGUAUACGGAAUAAGGUAGAUGAUCUUGUAGCGCAGAUACAGGUUGGUAUGUAUGAUAUUGUGUACAUCACUGAAUCAUGGCUGAAAGAAGAUUAUGGCUGGGAGCUUAACGUCCAAGUAUACACAUUGUGUCGAAAGGACAUGCCGGGGGCGGGGGUGGCUCUGUUGAUAAAAUAUGAAAUUCAGUCAUUGGAAAGAGGUGACCUAGGGUCAGAAGGAGUUGAAUUGUCGUGAGUAUGUGUGUAAAGCUAAGGAACUGCAAGGGUAAAAAGACCUUGAUGUUGUAUACAGAUCCCAAACAUUUGCAACAAUGUGCUCUACAAAUUACAACGGGAGAUAGAAAAUGCAUGCCAAAAGGGCAAUGUUACAACAGUCAUAGUUGAUUUCAAUAUGCAGGUGGAUCGGGAAAAUCAGGUUGGUGCUGGAUCCCAAGAGGGGGAAUCUGUAGCAUGCCUAUGAGAUAGCUUUUAGGAGCAGCUCAUAGUUGAGCCCACUAGUGGAUCAGCUAUUCUGGAUUGGCUGUUGUGCAAUGAACUGGAAUUGAUGAGAGAGCUUAAGGUAAAGGACCCUUUGGGGAAAAGUGAUCAUGAUACAAUUCAUCCUGUGAUUUGAGAAAGGAAGCUAAUCUCAGAUAUUUCAGUAUUACAGUGGAGUAAAGGGAAUAACAGAGGCAUGAGAGCAGAGCUGGUCAAAAUUGAUUGGAAAAGAACACCGGCAGGGAUGAUGGCAGAGUAGUAAAGUCUGGAAUUUCAGGAAGCAAUUUGGAAGGAGCAGGAUAUAUAUAUCCCAAAGAUGAAGAAAUAUUCUAAAGACAGCAUGACACAACUGUGGCUGACAAGAGAAGUCAACCCGAACAUAAAAGCCUAAGAAAGGGCAUAUAAUAUAGUAAACAUUAGUGGGAAUUUAGAAAUCAAUAGAAGGCAGCUGACAAAGUCACUAAAAAGAAAAAGAUGGAGUACCAAGGUUGGCUAACCAGUAGUAUUAAAGAAGACACCAAACAUUUCUUCAGAUGCAUAAUGUGUAAAAGAGAGGAGAGAGUGGAUAUCGGACCGCUGGAAAACAAUGUUGGAGAGAGAGUAAUGGAGUGCAAGGGAAUGUCGGAUGAACUGAAUAAGUAUGUUGCAUCAGUCCUCACUCUGGAAGACACUAAUAGUAUGCCGAAAGUGCGAGAGUAUUGGGGGCUGAAGUAUAUGAAGGUGCCAUACUAGGGAGAAGAUUCUUGGGAAACUGAAAGGUCUAUAGAUAGGUACGUCACCUGGACCAGAUGGUAUGCACCCCAGGGUUCUGAAAGAGGAGGCUGAAGAGAUUGUGGAAGGAUUAGAAAUGAUCUUUCAAGGAUCAAUUGAUUUUUGGCAUGGUUCUGGGGGAAUACAAAAUUGCAAAUGCCGCUCCAGUGUUCCAGAAGGGAGAGAGGCAGGAGAAAGUACAUUAUAGGUCAGUUAGUCUGACCUCAGUGGUUGUGAAGAUGUUGGCAUUGAUUGGUAAGGAUGUGGUUUCGGGGUACUUGGAGGAACAUGAUAAAAUGUUCCACUCAAGAGAAAAUCUUGCCUAACAAACUUGUUGGAUUUCUUUGCAGAAAUAAUAAGCAGGAUAUAAAAAUGGGAAUUGGUUGAUGUUGUGUGCUUGGAUUUUCAAACGCCACACAAGAGUCUGCAAAACAAGUUAAGAGCUCAUGGUAUUACGAAAGAUGCCAGCAUGGGUAAAGCAGUAGCUGAUUUAGGCAAAGAGUUGGAAUAAAGGGAGCCUUCUAUGAUUGGCUGCUGUGGACGAGUCAUGUUUAACACGGUUCUCUGUUGGGACCGAUUCAUUUUACGUUACAUGUCAAUUAUUUGGAUGACCGAAUUGGUAGAUUUGUGGUCACAUUUGCUGAUGACGUGAAGAUAGGUGAAGGGGCGUGUAUUUGUUGGGAAGUAGAGAAGCUACAAAAGGAUUUAGACAGAUUAGGAGAAUGGUCAAAGAAGUGGCAGAUGGAAUACAGUGUCGGGAAGUGUAUAGUCAUGCACUUUAUAGUCAGAAAAAUAACAUGGUAGAGUACUUAUGUAAAUAGAGAGAAAAUUCAAAAAUCUGAGGUACAAAGGCACGUGGGCGUCCUUGUGCAGAAUUCCAUAAAGGUUAAUUUUCAGGUUGAAUUGAUGGUGAGGAAGGCAAAUGAGAUGUUAGCAUUCAUUUCAAGAGGACUUGAAUAUAAAAUCAAUGAUGUAAUGUUCAGAUCUUAUAAAACACUGGUGAAUCCUCUCUUGUAGUAUUGUGAGCAGUGUUGAGCCGCUUAUCUGGGAAAGGGUGUGCUGACUUUGGAGAGGGUUCAAAGGAGGUUCACCAAAAUGAUUCCAAGAUUGAACAGCUUGUCAUAUGAAGAGUGUUUCAUGGCUCUGGUCCUAUAUUCUUUGGUAUUCAAAACAAUGAUGGGUAACCUCAUUGAAAACCACUGAAUGGUGAAAGGCCUCGAUAGAUUGGAUGUGGAGAGGAUACUUCCUGUGGUAGGAGAGUCUAAGGCCAAAGGACACAGACUCAGAAUGGAGGGGCGUCCUUUUAGAAUGGAGAUCUAAAGUUGUGAAUCUGAGGAAUUCCUUGCAACAGGCGGCUGUGGAGGCGAAGUAAUAAGGCAUAUUGAAGACAGAAUUUGGUAGAUUUUUGAUUAGUCAGGGCAUGAAGCAAUACGGCAGGGGGUGGGGGGGGGGAGGCAGGAGAUUGGGGCUGAGAGGGAAAAUGGAUCAGCCAUGAUGAAAUGGCGGAGCACCUCGAUGGGCCAAAUGGCCUAAAUCUGCUCCGAUAUCUUAUGGUCUCGUCUGCCGCGCCUGCGCACACACAGUGAGAGGCGGCGUCUGCGUACACACAUAGGAGAUUACUGGGUCGGUAUACACACAGCAGAUUACCGUAUUUACAAACACACAGGAGAUCCACGUGGACAAACCAACACACAAACACACACACACAGAAGAUCGCCUUCUCCACACACAGAUCGCCUGUCCAUGCGCAAUGAGAUUGUGGCGCCCACAAACGCACAGGUGGUCACCGUGUCAACACACAGCAGAUCAUUGCUUCCACACGGACAUACCUCCUUGUCUGCCACGCCCAUGCAUAUACAUUAGAUAACCACUUCUGUGCAUCCGCACAAAAAGAGGAGAUCCCCUUGUCCACACUCACAGAGGAGAUCGUCGCGUCCAAACACACAGUACAUCUCUAUGCCCACACACACACACACAAGAUCGUCGUGUCCAUACUCAAAGAGAUUUGCUGCGUCCACAAGUGCACAAGAGAUCACUGUGUCCACACACACAGAAGAUUGCUAUGUCCAUGCACACAGGAGGUCACCGUGUCCACACGCACACUCAAGAAAUUGCAGUGCCCCCCCCCCCACACACACGCUGGAGAUCACCAUGUCCACAGCACACAGGAGAUCGCCGUGUCCACACUCAAGGAGAAUGCUGCGUCCACAGAGGCACAUUAUAUAGCUGUGUCCAGACACACAGAACAGGUGAUCGCCGAGUCCAUGGGCAUAUAGGACUUUGCCACGUUUGCACGUGCAAAAGAUCGCCCAUUCUGAAAAGAUCGUCACAUCUGCUUGCAUGCGCACGCACACACGUCAUUUCAUUGAUCGUCAAGUCUGCACACACACAGCAGAGCGCCGCUUGCGCAAACACGGAGGCUAUCGCCCCGUCCACAUACACACAGGAGAUCGGCGUGUCCAUAUACACACAGGGGAUUACCGUGGCAACACUGACAGCAGGUCUCUGCGUCCACAUACACACAGGAGAUCGUCGUGUCCACGCACACAGGACAUUGCCGUAUACACCCGUACAAGGGAGAACGACGUGUCCACACUCACAGUGCACCGAGUCCACACACAAAGAGAUCGAAGAGUACGCACGCACGAAAUCGCCGCGUGUGCAGACACACAGGAUCACGCCCCAUCCAUGUACACAGAAGAUCACCAUGUCAACUGACACACAGAUCGCCGUGUUCCCCCCCCCCCACACACAGAUCAAUAAUUCCAUAUACAAACAGAAGAUUACCCUACCAACACCCACAGGGGGUUCGCCGUGUCUGCGUACACAGGAGAUCGCCGUGUUCCCACACACAUAUGAGACCACUGUGUCCACGCACAAUGAGACUGCGCAUCCACAGAUGCACAAGAAGUUAUCAUGUCCAAUCACACAGGAGAUCGUUGCGUCAACAAAUAUACAGGAGAUUUGUGGCCACACAAACACGGGAGAUUCCCAGGUCCGAAUGCACAGGAGAUCACUGUGCCCAUGCACACAGAAGUUCGCUCUAUCUCCACAUACGUGGGAGGUCGUCAUGCCCACGCUCACACGCAUACAGUAGGUUACCAUGUCCACACGCACACACACAUACUGUUCACGUGUACAGGAGAUCGCUGUGUCCACUCUCACAGGAGAUAAACCGCGUUCAGAUAUACAGGAGAGAGCUGUGAUCAUAUACACACACAGGAGGUCAUGCAAUCUAUGCACACAGAAGAGGUGGCCGUAUCCACACAAAGUCGUCGUGUCCACACACAUAUGCACACAUGAAAAAUAGGCGUGUCCACGGACAUACAAGAGAUCGCCAUCUCCACACUCAAGUAGAUCACCGCAUCCAGCAAUGCACAGGAGAUCGCUGCAUCCGCACACACAUAGAUACAUAGGAAAACGGCGUGUGCGCACAUGUAGGAGAUUGCUGUGGUCACACACACACAAUAUCGUCGUGUCCACACUCCAGGAGAUAGCGGAAUCCAUACUCACAGUAGAUCACCAUCUCCGCAUACACAGAGGGGAUUUGUGUUCACAGAAACACAGAAGAUCGCUAAGUCCAUACCCACACAUACAGAAGGUUACCGUGUCCCCACACACACACGGAAGAUUAGGGCAUGUUCACACUCAAGGAAAUCGCGGCGUCCACACACACAGUAGAUCACCAUGUUCACAUACUUAGAGGAGAUUGAAAUGUCCACACACAGAUCACCGUGUCUACACACACAUGCAUACAGAAGGCUGCCGCGACCACACACACGCACGCAGGAGAUAGUUGUGUCCACAAUAAAGAAGACCGUUGCGUCCACAAACGAACGAGACCGCUGUGUCCACAGUCACACAAGAUAUCACCAUGUCCACAGAAACACAGGAGAUCACCAUGUCCACAGAAACACAGGAGAUCACCAUGUCCACAGGAACACUGGAGAUCUUGGAGUCCACGCACACACACAAAAGAUCGCCGUGGGCACAGUCAAGGAGAGCGUGGCGCCCACACACACACACACACACAGUAGAUCACCAUGUUCACAUGCACAGCACAGAUCUACGUGUCCACACACGCACAGGAGAUCAACGGGUCCGUACACAGACAACAGAACAGCGUAUUCUACAGACACUGUUGGUCUCCUGGUCCACACACAGAGGAGUUCACGAUCUCCAGGUCGCAUACACACAGGAUAUCGCUGCGUCCGCAGAGAUAGAGCACGGGAGCUUGCCCUAUCCACACGCACACAGGGACGCGCCCUGUCCACACACACACACACACACAGCAGAUCAUAAAGUUCACACGCAGAUGUCUGUCAUAAACAGGAUCCCCUUGUCCACAAACACAGAGGAAAUUGCCACAUUCAAGGAGAUCGCUGCGUCACAAGCGCACGGGGGAUCUCUAUGUCCGCAAACACAGAGACAUGGGAGACGGUCCUCUCUACGUGCCCACAAGUGGAUGCCACGUUCGCGCACGCACAUGAGAUCUUUGCGUCUGCCUACACAGAGGAGAACAUCGCAUGCGCAUUCACACGGGAGUUCGCUCCGUCCGGACACACAGCCGAUUGCCCCGACCACACACCCAGAGGAGGUCAUCCUCUCGACACACAGACAUACAGUAGGCUGCCCUGUCCUCAUAUGCACACACGCACAAACACUGGAGAUCACCACCUGCACAUACACAGGGAUCACGACAUGCACACGCUCACAGGAGAUUGCGGCAAACCACACAUAUAGCUCAACCUGUUCACAUACAGAGAACAGAUGGACAUCUCCAUACACAGGGGAUCGCCGUGUCCACGCACAGACAAAUAGAAAGUUGCCUUGGAUAGCCCGGACACACACACACGCGGAGGAGAUAGUCGUGUCCAAACGCAAGGAGAUCGCCGUGUUCCCACACAUGUACAUGCCCAGAAUAGAUCGACGUAUCAGCACACAAACUGCAGAUCGCCAUCUCCACACUCAUGGAGAUGCUGUGUCACAAACGCACGGGAGAUCGCUUUGUCCGAACAUGCAGAGACACAUGAGAUUCUCUUAUCCGCAUACAUACAGGAGAACUCCCAAACGAAACGCGCACAGAUCUUACUAUCGGCACGCACAAAGGAGAUCCUCGUAUCCGCACGGGCACAGGAGAUCCUCCUUUCCAUAAACACACAGGAGAUCCUCCUAUCGGCACGGACACAGAAGAUUUUCAAAUCCGUAAGCUCACAGGAGAUCCCCCUAUCAGCACGCACACCGGAGAUAAUCCUAUCGACACGAACACCGGAGAUCCUCCUAUUGGUACGCACACAGGAGAUACUGCUAUCCGCACACGCACAGGAGAUCCUCCUAUCUGUAAGCACACAGGACAUCAUCCUAUCGGCACGCACAAAAGAGAUCCUCCUAUCUGCACACACAAAGGUAAUCAUCCCAUUCUAAAGUGCAUAGCAGAUCUUCCCAUCCGUACACACACAGGAGGUCCUCCUUUCCGCACACAUACUGGAGAUAAUCCCUUCCACACGCACACAGGAGAUCCUCCUAUCGGCAAACACUCAGGAGAUCCUCCCGUAGGUAAGCACACAGAAGUUCCUCCCAUCAGCUCACACACAGGAGAUCCUCCUAUCGGCACGAACACAGGGGAUCCUCUCAUCCUAAAGCACAGAGGAGAUCCUGCUACCCACACGCACACAGGAAAUCCUCCUAUCCGCACACACACAGAAGAUCCUCCUAUCGGAAAGCACACAGGAGAUCCUCCUAUCCGCCCACACGCAGGACAUCCCCCUACCCGCAGGACAUCCCCCUACCCGCACGCACACUGGAGAACCUUCCAUCGGCAAGCAUACAUGGGAUCCCCCUAUCGGUACGCACACAGGAGAUCCUCCUAUCAACACACACACAGGAAAUCUCCUAUCAGCACACUCACAUGAGAUCCUCCCAGACGUAAGCACACAGGAGAUCCUCCUAUCCGAAAGCAGACAGGAUAUCCUCCUAUUCACACGCACACAAGGAGAUUCUCCAAGACACACAGGCACUGGAUAUCCUCCCAUUCUAAAGCACACAGAAGUUCCUCCCAUCAGCUCACACACAGGAGAUCCUCCGAUCCACACGAACACAGGAGAUCCCCCUAUCCACACAGAGAGGAGAUCCUCCUAUCCAAACACACACUGGAGAUCCCCCGUCCACACAUACAGGAGAUCCCCCUAUCCAUACACACAGGAAGGGACCCCUAUCCAAACAGACAGUAGAUCCUCAUACCCACACGAACGCAGGAGAUCCUCCAAUUGACACGAAACAGAAGAUCAUCCAAUCCACACGCAGACAGAAGAUCCUCCUAUUCCUACGCACAGGAGAUUCUCCUAUCCACACACACAGGAGAUCUUCCUAUCCUUACACACAGAAGAGAUCCUUCUGUCCGCACACACACACAGAAGAUCCUCCUAUCCACAACCCCACAGGAGAUCGUCCUAUCAAUAAGCACACAGGAGAUUCUCCUAUCCGUACGCAGACAGGAGAUCUUCAUUCCUAAAGCACACAGGGGAUUUACCUAUCCACAUGCACACAGGCAAUCCUCCUAUCCAUAAGCAAAUAGGAGAUUGUCCUAACCAUACGCUAACAGGAAAUCCUUCCAUCCUAUCAGCACGCACACUGGAUAUCUUCCUAUCAACACACGGACAGGAGAUCCUCCCAUCCUAAAGCAAAAGGGAGAUCCCCCUAUCCGCAAACACACAGGAGAACCUCCACUAGCACAGGCAGAUCCUCCUAUCCACAUGAACACAGGAGAUCCUCAUAUCCGCACGCACAGAGGAGAUCCUCCUAUCCGCAUGCAUACAGGAGAUCCUCCCAUCCUAAUGCACACAGACGAUUCUCCUAUACAUAAGCAAAUAGGAGAUCGCCCUAACCACACGCAAACAGGAAAUCCUUCCAUCCUUAUGCACAGCAGAUCCUCCUAUCGGAAUGCACACAGGACUUUCCUCCCAUCCACCCACAGACGAUACUCCUAUCCACACGCACUGAGGAUAUCCUCCCAUCCGCACACAGGAGAUCCCCCUAUCCACACAGACAGGAGAUCCCCCUAACCACACAGACCGGAGAUCCCCCUAUCCACACGAACUCAGGAGAUCCCCCUAUCCACACAGACAGCAGAUCCCCCUAUCCAUACAAACACAGUAGAUCCUGCUAUCAGCACACACAGGAGAUCCUCCUAUCCGAAAGCACACAGGAGAUCCCCCUAUCCACACAGACAGGAGAUCCCCCUAUCCACAUGAAUACAGGAUAUCCCCCUAUCCACACAGACAGGAGAUCCCCCUAUCCACACGAACUCAGGAGAUCCUCCAAUCCACACGAGCGCAGGAGAUCAUCCUAUCCACACGUAGACAGGAGAUCCUCCUAUCCAGAAGCACAGAAUAUAUCCCCCAAAUAGCACGCACACAGUAGAUACGCCUAUCCUAAAGCACCCAGGAGAUCCUCCUAUCCGCACGCACACAGGAGAUCCUCCCAUCCUGAAGCACACACGGGAUUUUCCUAUCCGCAUGCACACAGGUGAUCCUCCUAUCUAUAAGCAAAUAGGAGAUCGCCCUAACCACAUGCAAACAGGAAAUCCUUCCAUCCUUAUGAACAGGAGAUCCUCCUAUCGGAAUGCACAGAGGACUUUCAUCCCAUCCACACACAGACGAUACUCCUAUCCACACGCACUGAAGAUAUCCUCCCAUCUGCACACAGGAGAUCCCUCUACCACACAGACAGGAGAUCACCCUAUCCACACGAACACAGGAGAUCACCCUAUCCACACAGACAGGAGAUCCCCCUAUCCACACAGACAGGAGAUCCCCCUAUCCACACACACAGGAGAUCCACCAUACACACAGAGAGGAGAUCCUCCUAACCACACACACUGGAGAUCCCUCAUGCACACAUACAGGAGAUCCCCCUAUCCACGCAGACAGCAGAUCCCCCUAUCCACAUGAACACAGGAGAUCUUCCUAUCCUUACACACGGAGGAGAUCCUUCUGUCCGCACACACACAGAAGAUCCUCCUAUCCACAACCCCACAGGAGAUCCUCCUAUCAAUAAGCACACAGGAGAUUCUCCUAUCCGCACGCAGACAGAAGAUCCUCAUUCCUAAAGCACACAGGGGAUUUACCUAUCCACAUGCACACAGGCGAUCCUCCUAUCCAUAAGCAAAUAGGAGAUCGUCCUAACCAUACGCUAACAGGAAAUCCUUCCAUCCUAUCAGCACGCACACUGGAUAUCUUCCUAUCCACACACGGACAGGAGAUCCUCCCAUCCUAAAGCAAAAGGGAGAUCCCCCUAUCUGCAAACACACAGGAGAACCUCCACUAGUACAGGCAGAUCCUCCUAUCCGCAUGCAUACAGGAGAUCCUCCCAUCCUAAUGCACACAGACGAUUCUCCUAUACAUAAGCAAAUAGGAGAUCGUCCUAACCACACGCAAACAGAAAAUCCUUCCAUCCUUAUGCACAGGAGAACCUCCUAUCAGAAUGCACACAGGACUUUCCUCCCAUCCACACACAGACGAUACUCCUAUCCACACGCACUGAGGAGAACCUCCCAUCCGCACACAGGAGAUCCCUCUAUCCACACAGACAGGAGAUCCCCCUAUCCACACAGACAGGAGAUUACCCUAUCCACACACACAGGAGAUCCUCCUAUCCACACACACAGGAGAUCCCCCAAUCCACACAGACAGGAGAUCCCCCUAUCCUUACACACAGAGAAGAUCCUUCUGUCCGCACACACACAGAAGCUCCUCCUAUCCACAACCCCACAGGAAAUCCUCCUAUCAAUAAUCACACAGGAGAUCCUCCUAUCCACACACAGACAGGAGAUCCUCCCAUCCUAAAGCAAAAGGGAGAUCCUCCUAUCCGCAAGCACACAGGAGAUCCUCCACUGGCACAGAGCAGAUCCUCCUAUCCACACGAACACAGGAGAUCCUCAUAUCCGCACGCACACAAGAGGUCCUCCUAUCCGCAUGCAUACAGGAGAUCCUCCCAACCGUAAGCACACAGGAGAUCCUCCCAUCCUAAAGCACACAGGGGAUUUUCCUAUCCCCAUGCACACAGGCGAUACUCCAAUCCAAAAGCAAAUAGGAGAUCCUCCGAUCCAUGCGCAUACAGGAGAUCCCCUUAUCCGCACGCACACGAGAUCCUCCUAUCCGCAUGCAUACAGGAGAUCCUCCUACCCACAGGCACACAGGAGAUCAUCCCAUUCUAAAGCACACAGGAGAUUUUCCUAUCCACAUGCACACAGGCGAUCCUCCUAUCUAUAAGCAAAUAGGAGAUCAUCCUAACCACACGCAAACAGGAAAUCCUUCCAUCCUUAUGCACCUUAGAUCCUCCUAUUGGAAUACACACAGGAUCUUCCUCCCAUCCCCAUACAGACGAUACUCCUAUCGACACACACUGAGGAUAUCCUCCCAUCCGCACUCAGGAGAUCCCCCUAUCCACACAGAGAGGAGAUCCCCCUAUCGACACAGACAGGAGAUCCCCCUAUCCUCACAGACAGUAGCUCUCCUAUCCACACAAACUCAGGAGAUCCUCCAAUCCAGACGAACUCAGGAGAUCAUCCUAUCCACACGCAGACAGGAGAUCCUCCUAUCCGUAUGCACACAAUAUAUCCCCCAAAUAGCACGCACACAGUAGAUACGCCUAUCCUAAAGCACACAGGAGAUCCUCCUAUCCGCACGCACAGGAGGUCCUCCUAUCCACACACACACAGGAGAUCCUUCUGUCCACACACACACAGAAGAUCCUCCUAUCCACAACUCCACAGGAGAUCCUCCUAUUAAUAGGCACACAGAUCCUACUAUCCGCAUGCAGACAGGAGAUCCUCCCAUCCUAAAGCACACAGGGGAUUUUCCUAUCCGCAUGCACACAGGCGAUCCACCUAUCUAUAAGCAAAUAGCAGAUCGUCCUAACCACACGCAAACAGGAAUCCCUUCAAUCCUUAUGCACAGUAGAUCAUCCUAUCGGAAUGCACACAGGACUUUCCUCCCAUCCACACACAGACGAUACUCCUAUCCACAUGCACUGAGGAUAUCCUCCCAUCCGCACACAGGAGAUCCCCCUAUCCACACAGACAGGAGAUCCCCCUAACCACACAGACAGGAGAUCCUCCUAUCCACACACAGACUGGAGAUCCCCCAUGCACACAUAUAGGAGAUCCCCCUAUCCACACGGACACAGUAGAUCCUGCUAUCCACACAGACAGGAGAUAUCCCUAUCCACACAGACAGGAGAUCCCCCUAUCCAACAGACAGCAGAUCCUCCUAUCUGCACGAACUCAGCAGAUCCGCCAAUCCACAAGAGCGCAGGAGACAUCCUAUCCACAUGUAGACAGGAGAUGCUCCAAUCCUGAAGCACACAGGGGAUUUUCCUAUCCGCAUGCACAUAGGCGAUCCUCCUAUCCAUAAGCAAAUAGGAGAUCGUCCUAACCACACGCAAACAGGAAAUCCUUCCAUCCUUAUGCACAAGAGAUCCUCCAAUUGGAAUGCACACAGGACUUUCCUCCCACCUACACACAGACGAUACUCCUAUCCACACGCACUGAGGAAAUCCUGCCAUCUGCACACAGGAGAUCCAACUAUCCACACAGACAGGCGAUCACUCUAUCCAAACAGACAGGAGGUCUCCCUAUCCACACAGACAGGAGGUCCCCCUAUCCACACAGACAGGAGGUCCCCCUAUCCACACAGACAGGAGAUCCUCCUAUCCACACAGACAGGAGAUCCUCCUAUCCACACGAACACAGGAGAUCCCCCUAUCCACACGAACACAGGAGAUCCCCCUAUCCACACAGAGAGGAGAUCCUCCUAUCCACACACACACUGGAGAUCCCCCAUGCACGCAUACAGGUUAUCCCCCUAUCCACGCACACAGGAGAUCCCCCUAUCCAUGCAGACAGGAGAUCCCCCUAUCCACACAAACACAGGAGAUCCCUCUAUCCACACAGACAGCAGAUCCCACUAUCCACAUGAACACAGUAGAUCCUGCUAUCCACACACACAGGAGAUCCCCCUAUCCACACGGACAGUAGCUCUCCUAUCCACAUGAACUCAGGAGAUCAUCCUAUCCACAGAGACAGUAGAUCCCUCUAUCCACACAGACAGCAGAUCCCCCUAUCCACACGGACACAGUAGAUCCUGCUAUCCACACACACAGGAGAUCCCCCUAUCCACGCAGACAGCAGAUCCCCCUAUCCACAUGAACACAGGAGAUCCCCCUAUCGACACAGACAGUAGCUCUCCUAUCUACAUGAACGCAGGAGAUCCUCCAAUUGACACGAAACAGAAGAUCAUCCAAUCCACACGCAGACAGAAGAUCCUCCUAUUCCUACGCACAGGAGAUCCUCCUAUCCACACACACAGAUCUUCCUAUCCUUACACACAGAGGAGAUCCUUCUGUCCGCACACACACAGAAGAUCCUCCUAUCCACAACCCCACAGGAGAUCCUCCUAUCAAUAAGCACACAGGAGAUUCUCCUAUCCGCACGCAGACAGAAGAUCCUCAUUCCUAAAGCACACAGGGGAUUUACCUAUCCACAUGCACACAGGCGAUCCUCCUAUCCAUAAGCAAAUAGGAGAUCGUCCUAACCAUACGCUAACAGGAAAUCCUUCCAUCCUAUCAGCACGCACACUGGAUAUCUUCCUAUCCACACACGGACAGGAGAUCCUCCCAUCCUAAAGCAAAAGGGAGAUCCCCCUAUCCGCAAACACACAGGAGAACCUCCACUAGCACAGGCAGAUCCUCCUAUCCACAUGAACACAGGAGAUCCUCAUAUCCGCACGCACAGAGGAGAUCCUCCUAUCCGCAUGCAUACAGGAGAUCCUCCCAUCCUAAUGCACACAGACGAUUCUCCUAUACAUAAGCAAAUAGGAGAUCGCCCUAACCACACGCAAACAGGAAAUCCUUCCAUCCUUAUGCACAGCAGAUCCUCCUAUCGGAAUGCACACAGGACUUUCCUCCCAUCCACCCACAGACGAUACUCCUAUCCACACGCACUGAGGAUAUCCUCCCAUCCGCACACAAGAGAUACCCCUAUCCACACAGACCGGAGAUCCCCCUAUCCACACGAACACAGAAGAUUCUCCUAUCCACACGAACUCAGGAGAUCCCCCUAUCCACAGAGACAGCAGAUCCCCCUAUCCAUACGAACACAGUAGAUCCUGCUAUCAACACACACAGGAGAUCCUCCUAUACACACAGCCAGGAGAUCCUCCUAUCCGAAAGCACACAGGAGAUCCCCCUAUCCACACAGACAGGAGAUCCCCCUAUCCACACAAACUCAGGAGAUCCUCCAAUCCACACGAGCGCAGGAGAUCAUCCUAUCCACACGUAGACAGGCGAUCCCCCUAUCCACACGGACAGUAGAUCCUCCUAUCCACACGAACUCAGGAGAUUCUCCAAUCCACACGAACCCAGGAGAUCAUCCUAUGCACAUGCAGACAGGAGAUCCUCCUAUCCACGCAGACAGGAGAUCCUCCUAUCCACGCAGACAGGAGAUCCCCCUAUCCACACGAACUCAGGAGAUUCUCCAAUCCACACGAACUCAGGAGAUCAUCCUAUCCACACGCAGACAGGAGAUCCUCCCAUCCUGAAGCACACAGGGGAUUUUCCUAUCCACAAGCACACAGGAGAUCCUCCACUGGCACAGGCAGAUCCUCCUAUCAACACAAACACAGGAGAUCCUCAUAUCCGCAUGCAUACAGGAGAUCCUCCUAUCCACACAGACAGGAGAUCCCCCUAUCCACACGAACACAUGAGAUCCCCCUAUCCACACACACAUGAGAUCCCUAUAUCCACACAGACAAGAGAUCCUCCUAUCCGAAAGCACACAGAGAUCCUCCUAUCCACACGAACACAGGAGAUCUUCCUAUCCACACACAAACAGGAGAUCCUCCCAUCCUAAAGCAAAAAGGAGAUCCUCCUAUCCGCAAACACACAGGAGAUCUUCCACUGGCACAGAGCAGAUCCUCCUAUCCACACGAACACAGAAGAUCCUCAUAUCCGCAAACACACAGAAGAUCCUCGUAUCAAUAACACGCAGCAGAUCCACCUAUCCGCGCGCAGACAGGAGAUCCUCCCAUCCUGAAGCACACAGGGGAUUUUCCUAUCCGCAUGCACACAGGCGAUCCUCCUAUCCAUAAGCAAAUAGGAGAUCGUCCUAACCACACGCAAACAGGAAAUCCUUCCAUCCUUAUGAACAGGAGAUCCUCCUAUCGGAAUGCACACAGGACUUUCCUCCCAUCCACACACAGACGAUACUCCUAUCCACACGCACUGAGGAUAUCCUCCCAUCCGCACACAGGAGAUCCCCCUAUCCACACAGAAAGGAGAUCCCCCUAUCCACACACACAGGAGA